AGAGAUGAUGACGACAUCAACGACGUGGCGUCCAUGGCGGGCGUCAACCUUAAUGAGGAGAAUGCCCGUAUCCUAGCGACCAGCUCAGAGCUGGUGGGGACAAAGAUACGGUCGUGCAAAGACGAGUCCUUCCUGCCCACCGGCCUGCUGCACCGCCGCAUCCUCGACACAGCUAAGAAGAUGGGCGUCAGCGAGGUUCCUCUGGACGUGGUCAACCUGGUCUCUCACGCCACCCAGUCCAGACUGCGGUCUCUGCUGGAGAAGGUUUCAGCCGUAGCUCAGCACCGGACCGACGGGGGAAAGGACGAGGAGCAGCAUGAGCAGAUGUCUGAUGUGCGCUCUCAGCUGCGGUUCUUUGAGCAGUUGGAGCGGAUGGAGAAACAGAGAAAAGACGAGCAGGAGAGAGAGAUCCUGUUAAAGGCUGCCAAGAGCCGAGCCAGACAAGAAGACCCAGAGCAGGCCCGCCUGAAGCAGAAAGCUAAAGAGAUGCAGCAGCAGGAACUGGCUCAGAUGAGACAACGAGAUGCCAACCUCACAGCGCUCGCCGCCAUUGGGCCCAGAAAGAAAAGGAAGCUGGACUCACCAGGGAGUUCCACGGCAGGCUCAGAGGUGGCGUCAGGCUCAGGUACAGGCUCCUCCCCCUCAGCGGCGGCAUCCCGUCAGCAGCUCCGUCAGAGGAUAACACGAGUAAACCUCAGGGACUUCAUCUUCUGUCUGGAACAGGACCGCUCCACGGCUCGCUCUCUGACGCUCUACAGGGCGCUGCUCAAAUGACCAGGCUCCGCCCCUUCCACUUCCCACUCUCUGACGCUCUACAGGGCGCUGCUCAAAUGACCAGGCUCCGCCCCCUCCAGGGCUGGCUCUCUGACGCUCUGCAGGACAUUGUGGAAAUGACUAGACUCCACCUCCUCUAAGGCUUGCUCUCUGACACUUUACAGGGCAUUGUUGAAAUGACCAGGCUCCGCCCCUUCCCUGACUCACAUCUUCUGAUUGGUCAAAGGUGGCAGUUCAGUCCGACUCCUGCAGCAUCGUCCCGCCGGUCCUCUGGUCCGCUCAGAGAUGACAUAAAAGGAAACGUCCGAGUCUAACUAAGCUGUUGCCAUGGCAACCCUUAAAGGGCCGGGUCAUCUACUGUUGAAAUGAUUGAAAAUGCGUUGACAACUUUUGGUCAGAGGUUGGAACCCUCCAGAAGCUCCGGUUUCUAACCUCUGGUCCAAAUGUUGCCAACUGGUCUCUGCAGUUUAACCAUUUAAGGACUGAACGCCAGCGGCCAUCUUCACUCUACAGACCAGAACGUUGGCGGUGUUUUUGGACAGUUUAGACCAGGAUGCAGGAGUUCACCUGAGUAGAAGCUGUAGAGGAGCAGAACCCUGAGGAACUCCUCUGACCAUCAUGAAUUUAAACUCUGGUUCUAGAAGAGAUCAAACAAAGACCCAGGAUUUAGACUGCAGGGGUCACGCUGGAUAGGACGUGUAGAGGAGCAGGACCCUGAGGAAGUCCUCCUAGUAAAAGCCUGCAGACAUACUCCUCUUCACUCCUGCCAGGAUCUGUUACUGAUCAUUCAUGUAGAUAAUCCAUCAGUGUGAUCAGGAUCCAUCAGUGUGAUCAGGAUCCAUCAGUGUGAUCAGGAUCCAUCAGUGUGAUCAGGAUCCAUCAGUCUGAUCAGGAUCCAUCAGUGUGAUCAGGAUCCAUCAGUCUGAUCAGGAUCCAUCAGUGUGAUCAGGAUCAAUCAGUGUGAUCAGGAUCCAUCAGUCUGAUCAGGAUCCAUCAGUGUGAUCAGGAUCAAUCAGUCUGAUCAGGAUCCAUCAGUCUGAUCAGGAUCCAUCAGUCUGAUCAGGAUCCAUCAGUCUGAUCACCUCUAAAGCUAACAUGACAGUCAGUCCAAUGCUAAGUCUGUUAGCAUGUCAAUGGCAGUGUUCAUUCUGUGCUAGCAUCAAGCUAACAGGCUCAGAGUAGUCCUCCUCUAGGACGUCCCGUGUUCGGAGGUUUUAUUGUUUAAAGAUGAAAAGUUGCAGACGGACUCCUGAUUGCUGUCUAAAUUGUCCAAAAACAUCCCCAACGUUUGUACGGGGGUGUUCAGGUGUGAACCAUGGUCCUGCAGUCAGUGAUGUCACACUGCCAGGUGAGCUCUACCUGAACAGGUGUGUGGUCUCUGUUCUGAUGGGUGGAUCACAGCCUCUUUUUUAAAGGUUCAUCUGCUCCGGUCUCUUUAGACGGCUGACAGGAACGCUGGGAUAAAUGAAGAGGACUAACACGCCUGCUGUGGUUUCCUCUCAGUCCCAUCAGUGAUGAACAUCGCUUCAGUCUGUCUCCUUUAAACGUGCCACUUAUCCAACGCGUCUUCUUUAUUUAUUUAUUUCAGAGCGACCUGAUUGGCCGUCAGAUUUUGAAUUUUAGUAAACCAUGAGGGAUCAUCAUGUGGUCCCCGGAGGAGUCUAAGGAGAUCCUGGAUCUGGAUCUAAGACCCAGAUGGUUCAUUAUUUUAGAGUCUAUGUGUUUGUUGGUGCUAUAAGGGUGAGUGAAGGAUUAUGGGAAAAAGACACCAUCAGAGGAAACCGUUAAAGGAGCAGUUCAACUUCUCUAAUAACACAUUAGCUUAGCUUAGCACAAAGAAUAGAGACUAAUGGAAACUGUUAGCCUGACUUCUCUGUCUCCAUCAGCCAAUCAGAUUCAUUUCAUCAUUUCCUGUUCCAGCAUCCUAACAGCAGCACGCCAUUUUCACCGGCGCUGAAUGGUUGAGUAACGGCAGAACUGUUCUGAUUACACCGUUAUUACUACUCUGUUAUUAUUAACAGGAUCAAUCUGGAGUCUGAUUGGCUGUCAGUGAAGAACCCCAAACAAAUACUGAGGAGCAUAAAAAGUUUUUACAGUACUGCUUUAAUAAAAGUUCAUAUUUUCAAAAUAAAGGUCCACAGCAGCUCUGUAGUUCAUCAACAGUUCUCAGCAGACCCUGUACAAAGGGGGCAGGUCUGGAUCUAGGUUUUAUCUGGUCUCUGUUUCCCUCUGUUACUCUCACGCACGUGUCAGAGACACGUCUCUGAGAGGACAUUUUAAAGGGUUUUAUGCUAAGCUAACUAGCUCUGGUCAAACUGUUUUCAGUUGUUAGCCUAAGGAGGCUAGUUUAGCCUAGCAUAAUGACUAAGAAACAGGAGGAAAUGUGUAGUUAGCAUUUAGCUUAGCAUGCUAUUAAAGGUAGCCUCUAGGCUAGGUUAGCUUAGCAUAAUAAAUAGUGACAUGCUAAUGUAGCUUAGCAUAGGACAACAUUAGUAGACGGUGCAUUAAAUGAACUAAAUUACAGAAACUUUUGUCUAAAUAGUUCCAUUUUCUUCUAAAUGUUGCGUGUUUUUAGCCUCCAGCAGUGAACACAUUACAUCACCAGCCUACUAAUAAAGUUAUUAUUAUUACUCCAGACAGCCACAGGGGGGCGACUGAGAUAAUUGAGCCUCGUGUCUCUGGGGCUGCCGUGGAGUUUGAUGUGAAAACGCUGCGUCCUCAUUGGUGAAAACUCUGUAGGCAUCGUAACAGGAACAAAAGAAAAGACGCCCUAAAUGCAGCGAUAGAUUUACUUCCCCUGAACUUUUUCUCAAUUUAAUGGAGCUUCUGGGGGCCGGAUGUGGGCCCCGGGCCUCCAGUUGAUGAUCAGUGGCAGAGGACAGGGAGCACAGGAAGGUUAAAAACCAGCUAGCUAGUUUCCCUCUGUACUUGUUUAUUUUAGCUCUGUUAGCCGUUGAUCAUGCUAAGCUACCUAGCUUGUUUCCUAGUGAAGCUAAUGGUUAGCUCAGUCAGAGAAGAAGAGGGCUGACCCUGACCCUUGAACUCUAAACUCUGACCCAUUCAGAGAUCUAGAUGUUGAACUGCUCCUUUAACACAUCGCUGUUGUCGUUAGCGCUGUUAGCGUUGUUAGCAGCGUUAGCACCGCCGGUCACAGGGAGCUGGAUCUCCUUAAACCCCCAGACUCAAUCAGACCACCAUCAGGGACGCUGUAGACCCACGGACGGACCAGAGUCCUCCUCUUCGUCUUCAUCACUGCUGGUCAGAGAAUUUUAUCACCAACAGAACUUUUAUUUUGAAAUGGGAAAUUUAAAAUCCAGUAAAAACAAACUGUUUCCUGUUAACCUUCAAAAACCUUUUUGGGAGUUUUCAUCUCAGGAUCACAAAAAUCCAAAAACCAGCCGUUUGUUUUUCCCACAAAGGAAAUCGUUGAACAGAACGGUAGGAUGUGACAUUCUUUUUCCCAGUAUGUUACCUGUACAGGUGUGGUGGAAAAAAGAAUGUUACAUCCCCAGUGUUCUGUUCUUUGAUCUUUUUAUUAGUUUACUGUAAAUUCAACAUGAAAACCAAAAAUAAAGGCUUCAUGGUUCUGGAUCAGCGUGUUCUAGUUUCCUGUUCUAGGAUUAAAAAUAAUCCUAAUCCUUCAAAAUAAAAGUCUGUUGUCCCUGGACUGACCUCUGACCUCAGCUGGUUUCACUUUCAUCGAGUCAUGUGACUCAGCGAUCUCUGAACGAUGGGUCAAAUAUGAACUGAUCACAACCUGAUCACGGAUCAAUCAUGGAUCGAUUAGUCGAUCAGAGUAGUUGAAUAUGCAGUUUUUUUCUUCUUUGAGAGUUUUGAAGGUGAUUUUUGCGAGCGGCGUGUACAUUGAAGGUUUUUAACGCUUUAACUGUCUUUCCUGGUUUUCAGGCGUCGGUAGAGUCUAGAGCUGCUGUGCUGGUCCUCCAUCAUUCAGUCACAGUGUCGGCACAUGGAAGGACGAUUUUUCUGACUAUUUAUAUUUCCUACAUUCUGUAUCAAUCCUGACGCAUUUCAGGCAAUGCAAUUUUACAGUUGUUUGUACCUUUGCAAAAAAAAGAAAUAAAGAAAUGAGACUCA